AUGCGAGUGCCAGUGCGAUGUCCUAGAGCGGCGUUCAGUUUUGCUGCCGGCAUUCUGGCAGUAAACAUCUCAAGCCAACCAGUGGAGACGGGUCCACAAGCGACGGCGCCGUUGCGCAAGGAGUUAUCCGAGACGGAGUCACCAGCCAGAACACUCUGUUCGUUGAUCCCAGGGUCAUUGGCCCCGAAGUCGGCACUGCUCGAAGGCGAAGCGGGGGGUUUUGAGAACACGGUAUACUGGGAUAACACUUGCACGGGUUUGACUGCACUUGCAGUUAUAGGACAGGUCUUCGAAGGCAUGGACGACGCACGUGCUCAGCUGAAUGAGUUGCUGUCCGAAGACGAAUGGAAGAAAUUGAAGGGGAUUACACAGAUGGAUCUGUGGGACUGUGCGCUGGUUUAUGUGGAACUCGGUGCAAUCAUUUCGAUGUUUAUCGACUGUCCUUUUGGGGACGUGACAAAAACAGCGCAGAUGAUGGUAGCGGACUGGUUACGAGAGGCGGGGGGUGUUAGGAUCCGGAACAACUGGGUCACAGGUUGCCUAUUGCAGCGUGCGGGGGUCUCUACAGGCAGGUUAAUUGACUUCGUCAUUGACACUUUAGCCUACAAGCCCACGGAACGGCUGCCGUCACUAGAAUGUCUUGCUAAAAGUGAAUUGCGGUACUGGAAGUAUUCGAGCAGGUCGCAUACGAGGGAUAGUAGAGAGUUGCUGCUCCGCCGAGAAGCGAUGUUGCCGACGAUGAGGAUUACGGCGCGCGAAUUCGCAGAGGACAUAUUUCCACUGCCGACAAUUACCGCUCGUGAACUGCGGCGGAUCGGUAAGGGGCCCCUUCCCGCGGAACCAACUGUAUCUUUUCCUCAAAUCCGAUCUGUCCUGAGUCCCGGAAAUUCUCAUCCGCUCGCCAGCGUGUGUCUGGAAGAUGUGUGUAGCAAGGUGAGAAAGUUGUUGGGCUGCCGUGAAAUGAAGUUGGCGGCAAUUGAGGAUCAAGAUUUCGAGGCAUGCAGCUUGGACUACGUGGAACUUGGUGCAAUUAUCAAUAAACAUGUCCGUGAUGCCUUUGGCAGGACAUGUGGCCGGAUUCUUGACAUGACAGCAACCGCCUUAACGGAAACAAUCAGAUCUCGCCGAGUCCGGGCUUGGGUAUCAGGGUGCUUACUGCAGUAUGCAGAGGUACCAAUUUCAGACCUUAUUGACUUGUGUGUCCAUGAGCUUAAGUUCUCCCCCCCGGUUGCCUGGAGACUUGAAUGCCUGAGGCGGCACAGUGAUUGGGAACGAGGUCAUCGCAAACAAAAGUUGUUAACCCCGGAGGCAUGUCUCCAUCAACUCUUGUGCGGCCUAGACAAGAAGAUCUCCCUUCCUCAGUUUAAGCGACUUAUGUUGAUGAGCGGUAGGGAACAAGUAACGUAUGUUCGUGAACACUUCUUAUCAUUCCAGGUGUCAUUGAAACUCUCUGGUGGUCACAAACGCUCUGCAGCACCGCCUGCGACACAGGCAAUUCCUAAUGAAAGUUCAGCAGCCACAUUCGGUACCAAAAGAAGGAAGCCGUCUGCGGCGGACGGCUGCUCCCCCUCGUUGACCGCUGGCCAAGGUGGUAGCGUCACAGACCGGACCGUCCUCGACCCUGCAAUGAUGUACUGCCACCCAGACGACCUCAGUGAAUUUGUUGACUGGGUGGAGUUGAGCCAACAGGGCCCCCUACAACUCACACGCCCCCUCCGGCCUUCACGCUGA